UAAAUUAUGCAACGGUAAACGUUCCCAAUUUUCGGUUGCUCUCCCCUGAUGUAAACAAAACAACUUCAUCGUCGGAUCAAACGUUCCAAAAGGCGCAUUUCUUCAAAAUUCAUCAUCAUCCAUAUCAAUUUCUACCACCCGACGAUGGUUUGCGAAAAGUGUGAAAAGAAGCUGGGCAAAGUGAUUACGCCGGAUCCAUGGAAAGCUGGUGCCAGGAACACCACCGAGGGUGGUGGUCGCAAAAUCAACGAAAACAAAGCGCUUACGAGCGCAAAGGUACGAUACAAUCCGAUGGCUGGAAAUUUCGCACCCUGCCGAAUAUGCAAGCAAAAAAUUCAUCAAGCUGGAUCACAUUACUGUCAGCAGUGCGCCUACAAGAAGGGAAUCUGUGCGAUGUGUGGCAAGAAGCUGUUGGAUGUGAAAAACUAUCGGCAAUCGUCAACGUAAACACACACGCACACACACGAUUAGAUAUAAAUAAUUGUGCACUACUAACGAAAGCAAGUUCGGAUGUUGGCCUGCUACCGCAUACACUUCUGGAGACGCAGUUUUCGUUCUAUGUAUAUUCAUGACUCACUUUACUCUUGGCAGAUGAAAUGCAAUCUGUUUGACGCGGUUUUAAA